AUGAGUGACGAAGCUUUUUUAGAGAUGAUGACGCUGGUGCAAGACAUGUUGGACACCCUGCUGAAUUUCGGCUGCUCUGCUGACGACCUGAGCAACGGAAUAAUAGUCAUGGCGGUGAAUUUACUUUUCAGAGACCUCAUUCGCCUCUUCGUUUUCUACAACGAGGGGGUAAUAAAUCUCUUGCGGAGGUACUUCGACAUGAAAAAGAAGCAGUGUGAGAAUGCACUGACUUUGUACAAAAAUUUCCUCGCUAGGUUGGAGUGGAUCCCGGACUUUAUUAAGUUUUGCGAGACGGCAGGCCUGAGCUCGGGCAGCGUUUGUGGUCUGAGCCACGUGCCCGACAGUCUGCUGGACGCGCUGGAGCAGCACCUGUCUUCCCUGGAGGCUGGUAAACCUCAGAACGGCAGAGCGUUCGACUUGUGGCAACAGACCCGACUUGCAGCAAACAAAGUAAUGGUACCCAAAACGACCUGCGACUUGUCUCUUAGGUCAUUCCAGCUCUCCUCAGGAAAUGAACAGUGCAAAGUGGCGUUCAAAGAGCCCGAGCGCAGUUACGCGCAAGUAUCGCCAAUCCUCAAGCAAAUUUCCCGAGGAAUACAUCAGGGUGGUGGCCGCAGCAUCUGA